UAUGGGGGGUUGAUGUGAACUCUCCCACGAGAGAGCAUGUGAAACGGAAGAAUGACAGAUCCGAUGCGAUGGUAAACGGUCUAUGAGCCCUACUAUGAGGUGAGGGGACGAGCAUACGAGAGAGCAUGUGAAGUUGAAGAGUGACAGAGAUCCGAUGAGAUGGUAAACGGCCGUGGAUCCUCCUAUUUGAGAGGCUCUGCAACAACUAAAUUUCUCCCUAAACCCUCUCUUUUAUCCGUGACUGUUUAUACCCUCGUUCUUUUUGCUUUCUCCGUCUUCAUUUUCAUUUUCUCUACGAGAGAUAUACCCGACGAUGAAAGAAAAUCUUUCGUCUCCGAGGAGUCUCAAACUCAACAGGUGCCAGAGGAGCAAUUGUGGGGCACUCCUUCCAGUUAUGGUUUCCAUCCAUGUGUCGACCCAACUCCAAGAUAUAAAGCUCCCCAAGGAUGGGACCACUAUAUAACAGUGAGAAGCAAUGGAGGAUUGAACCAAAUGCGCACUGGUAUAUCUGAUAUGGUUGCUGUGGCACACAUAAUGAAUGCAACAUUAGUAAUUCCUCAACUAGAUAAACGGUCAUUUUGGCAGGAUUCAAGUAUGUUUUCAGACCUAUUUGAUGAAGAACAUUUCAUAACAUCCUUACAAGGAGAUGUGACAAUAAUCAAAGAGCUUCCGAAGGAAUUGGAGUCUGUUCCUAGGGCCCGGAAGCAUUUUACUUCCUGGUCGGGACUUAAGUACUAUGAAGAGAUGACACAGUUGUGGAAGGACUAUCAGGUGAUUCAUGUUGCAAAAUCUGAUUCCCGCCUUGCAAAUAAUGACCUCCCUCUUGAUAUCCAGAAGUUGAGAUGCCGUGCUUUAUAUUAUUCUCUCCGCUUCACUCCUUCUAUUGAGAACCUGGGGAAGAAACUGGUGGAGCGGUUGAGAUCACGUGGAGGACGAUACAUUGCUCUCCAUCUACGAUAUGAGAAAGAUAUGUUAUCUUUUACUGGUUGCACGUAUGGUCUUACUGAUGCAGAAGCUGAGGAGCUAAGAGUAAUGAGGGAGAAUACAAAUCACUGGAAAAUGAAGAAGAUAAACUCUAUAGAGCAGAGGAUAGGAGGUUUUUGUCCACUAACUCCAAAGGAGGUUGGGAUUUUUCUUCGGGCUCUUGGUUACCCUCCAUCAACUUUAAUUUACAUUGCAGCUGGUGAAAUAUAUGGUGGUAGUGCUCGCCUUUCAGAACUAAGAUCCUGCUUCCCCAACUUGGUUUUCAAGGAGAUGGUGGCGACUACAGAAGAAUUGAAAGUGUUUGCCAAUCAUGCAUCUCAGACAGCAGCACUGGAUUACAUCAUCUCUAUAGAAAGCGAUGUAUUCAUUCCAUCUUAUUCAGGUAACAUGGCAAGAGCAGUUGAGGGGCACCGGAGAUUCUUAGGCCAUCGGAAGACAAUCACCCCGGAUAGGGGAGGACUUGUUCAAGUGUUUGAUAAGAUUGAAAGGGGAGAGUUAGAAGAAGGAUCAUCAUUAUCUUAUAUUGUAAGAGAGAUGCACAAAAACAGGCAAGGAGCUCCAAGGAAAAGGCAGGGUGCCAUGCCAGGGAUUAAAGGCCGAGGUCGGUUUAGAACUGAAGAGUCUUUCUAUGAAAAUCCAUAUCCAGAGUGUAUUUGUCGUUCUAAAAAGCAUGUUCAGAUGACAUAGGGGUAUGUAGCCGAACUGCUAUUUUUGCAAAUAUCAAGUAGCACAUUGGAUGAAUGUGGAUCCAAGUAACUGCAUCUGCUGGCACCUGAAAUGAAUCUCAGUAUACUUGCUUACUCAAGUGGGAGAUUAGCCAAGUGGAAGCCAAGGCUUGAAGAUAACUCAGUUCAAGAGCACAUGCUCUGUCUUCUCUUUGUUUUUUUUUCCUUAUUUUUUCUAUAUUAGUGUAGUUUGUUUAUUUACAUAAUAAACGCUGUAAGAAGAAUUCUAUGGUGAGCGUUUUCACUACUGUUUUUCUUCACCAAGAAAAUAUUGUAUUGAUUUUUAGCACCGUACAACAGUACCAUGGCUGCAGUGAUUUGAAAUG